AUGGACGACGGUCCGCGCCGCACAGGCAUCGGCUUCUUCCCAGAAGCAGUAGUCAUCCGUGCAGGCCCGUCGCGUCCACAGCCUGCUCCUUAUGACGCAGACGACGGCGAGUAUCCCACUCCUUACUCGGUGAACACCAACGCCUCCGCUGGCCCGUCUCGACCACCUCCUCCUCGGCUUACGCAGGGCCGCGACUCGUGGUCCCUCUGGAAGGACUGGCACACAAAUCCUUCUGGCCAUGGCGGCAGGCGUGGACCUCCAGUAUUCGUGCCUGCUACUCAGACGUACGACGAGCUGGGACGCAGUGUGCUGGACGGGUUUGGCGUUGAUGUCGACGCGGGCGAGGUGGAGAAGAAAGAUGAGGGGGAGAGGCAGGAGGCUGGUGGCGUGGCGGAUUGGUAUCGCUCCUUGUCGGCUGGCAAGUCCAAAACCGAGGUCAAGCCAAUAACGGCGCCGACUGUGCCUUCACCACCACAACCCACGGCCAGCACAAUUGUUACGACAACCUCAUCAACAACUCAAACACCUGCGCCACUGCGUGUCCCCAGAUCUGAAUGGUUCAUCCGACGAGCCCUGGCCAACAGCGCCUCUGCUUCCUCGUCAACACCAACUUCCCGCCCCUCCACACCGUCCUCCAUCGGCUCGAUGCUGGGUAACAUUGACACUGCAAACCCCAAGGUAGCACCAGCCCCUCGAGUCCGAUACGCCCUGGGUCCCGACAACGUGGGAUACACCCGCCUUGAAGCCCUUGGAUGGGGCGGCGGUGGCCUGGGACGGCCAGAGGGAUGGGAAGAGAGGGAAGCGGAAGUGAAGCGCGAACGGGACGAGACACCGACUCGUCCUCGCCCUCGGUCGCCACCCAACUCGAGUGGAUCUGGCUCGGCGACGCCGAUAGACCUCACGGGGGAUACCGACUCGGACUCUGACUCGCCCUCCGGUGCCAUCUCCAUCCCAGUCUCCGACGACGACGAUGACGACGACAACGCACCCCGCGGUCCGGGACGCACCGCCCCCAUCGCCACGGCCCUCAAGCUCGACCGUCUGGGCCUGGGCCGCUCGCGCGCCGAGAAGAAAGUCACCCAUACAGCCGCGGAGAUUGCCAGUGCCCAGCGGAGAGCACGGGGCGUGAAACCCAACAAGCCCGGCGAAGCGGUGGGCAAAAAGCCAAAAGUGAAAUGGGCUGAGAAGGAGAGGCGAGAGAGGGAGGAGAGGAAGCGCAUUGCUGCCACGCUCAAUGCGUGGUGA